AUGUCUAUCCCAGAGACCCAGUGGGCACAGGUUGCCGAGAAGAUCGGAGGACCACUUGUCCUCAAACAGAUCCCUGUUCCCAAGCCAGGACCUGAUCAAAUUCUUGUCAAGAUCCGCUUUUCAGGAGUAUGCCACACCGACUUCCAUGCGAUGAUGGGUCACUGGCCCAUCCCAGUUAAGAUGCCUCUUGUCGGUGGCCACGAGGGAGCCGGUGUGGUCGUGGCUAAGGGCAAUCUUGUCAAUACCUUUGAGAUUGGUGACCACGCUGGAAUUAAGUGGAUUAAUGGCUCGUGCUCGGAGUGCGAAUUCUGCAGACAAUCCGACACUCCUCUGUGCGCUGAUGCACAACUUUCUGGAUACACCGUCGAUGGUACUUUCCAGCAAUAUGCCGUCGCAAAGGCCACCCACGCUGCUAAGAUCUCAGAAGGUGUCCCUCUUGAUGCAGCAGCUCCAGUAUUGUGCGCCGGUAUCACUGUUUAUAAAGGUUUGAAGGAAUCCGGCGUUCGUCCCGGCCAGACGGUUGCUAUUGUCGGGGCAGGUGGAGGUCUUGGAUCCCUUGCACAGCAGUACGCAAAGGCUAUGGGUCUUAGAAUUAUUGCUAUUGAUGGAGGUGACGAGAAGAGAGCUAUGUGCGAAGAACUCGGCACUGAGACUUUUAUCGACUUUACUAAGUCCACAGACCUUGUUGCUGACGUGAAGGCCGCAACUCCGGGUGGCCUUGGCGCUCAUGCCGUUAUCUUGUUGGCUGUCUCGGAGAAGCCUUUCCAGCAAGCCUCAGAAUAUGUUCGCUCUCGGGGCACAAUUGUUGCAAUUGGAUUGCCCCCCGGUGCGUACCUCAAGGCCCCAGUCAUUAACACGGUCGUUCGUAUGAUCACUAUUAAGGGAAGCUACGUUGGAAACCAACAGGAUGGUGUCGAGGCUCUGGACUUCUUUGCCCGAGGCUUGAUCAAGGCUCCAUUCAAGCUGGCUCCUCUGGAGGAUCUUCCCAAGAUCUUCGAGCUUAUGGAACAAGGCAAAAUUGCCGGUCGCUAUGUGCUCGAGUUGCCGGAGUAA